UUUAUGACGUGAAGUGUAGUGAUUAGAUCUUUUAUCAUUAGGUGUUAUUGUGUGUUGCUUUGUGAAAAAAAAAAUAUAUGUACUUGCCGAUCAAAUAUUUUUAAUACUGAAUGCGUUUACAAACUGCAAAUCUUAUUAAAAUGGCCAACUACUUACAAGAUUUUAAACCUGGUCCAUUGGAUCGUUAUCGUAAACAAGCAACAUUUGAUUGGAAAAAAUUGAAAAUAUUUAUUGAAACUGAAGAAAUCAUUGAAUUUAAGGCAAAAAUAUGGCAAACAUUUGAAGAAAACAAAAUAUUCCAACACAAGUUAAAUGUACCUUCUUUGGAUGAACAAAGAAAAUUAGCUACAAAAAGAAUGUUUGCGAUUAAAGCGUUGAAUAUGUUAAGCAUAGAAAAUUUCAUUUCAAAUCCACUGAAACCGGCAGCCUUAAAUAUAGCACUAUUUCAAUAUGAUCCAUCUGCUGCCAUGAAAAUAUUACUCAGUUUUGGAUUAUUUCAAAAUUCUAUACGAUCAAUGGGAACUGAGCGCCAUUUUCCAUUUUUGGAAGCAGCGGAUGAAGGCAAAAUAAAUGGGUGCUUUGCUUUAACUGAAAUUUCACAUGGCACAAAUACUAAAGGAAUGCGGACAACUGCAACAUAUGAUCCAACCACUCAAGAGUUUGUAUUAAAUAGUCCUGACUUUGAAGCAGCAAAAUGUUGGGUAGGAUCUUUAGGUAAAACAGCCACGCAUUCUUCAGUAUACGCGAAAUUAAUUACACCUGAUGGUGUUGAUCAUGGUUUACACGUGUUCGUAGUACCAAUACGAAAUCGACAAACUAUGCUACCAUUUCCUGGUGUAAUCGUUGGCGAUUUAGGUGCCAAAGUUGGUGUUAAUGGAAUGGACAACGGUUUUGUUAUGUUUGAUAAUUAUCGUAUACCUAGAGAAAAUUUAUUAAAUCGUUCGGCAGAUGUUACUCCUGAUGGAAAAUACAUAAAAGCGAAGAAAUCUGAAGGUUCUGAUACUGCUUUAGGCAUACUUUCAGGUGGACGAAUAAGUAUUAUGUCAUUAGCUGUUUCAUAUUUAGAAAAGGCCAUAGCUAUUGCAAUUAGGUAUUCUGCAGUGCGAAAACAAUUUGGUAAUGAUAAAGAGGAAUUUCCGGUAAUAGAAUACCCAACACAACAAUGGCGACUUUUUCCAUAUUUAGCUGGUUGUUACAUUAUUAAAGUGGCAGGAGCUUAUUUAAGUUCGCAAAAUGUUACGUUUACAAUCAAUUUAAUUCUUGGUCAAAAAACUGAAAAUAUGGAUGUUGAAGGUAUUGAAAUGCAUGCACUCUCGUCUGCGGGAAAACCUGUAGCUGGAUGGUUUGCGCGGGACGCAAUACAAGAAUGUCGUGAAGCUUGUGGUGGCCAUGGAUACUUAAAAGCUGCACAAUUGGGUGACUUAAGAAAUGACAAUGACGCUAAUUGCACAUAUGAAGGAGAAAAUACAGUUCUUGUCCAACAAGCAAGUAAUUGGUUACUAAAAUUAUGGCCCUUGGUCUUGAAAAAGGAAAAAAUAAGCACUCCAUUAAAUUCGGUUUAUUAUCUAAAUAAUGCUGAACAAUUGCUAUCUUCAAAAUUAAAAACAGAAUGUGUUGAAGACAUUCUUAAACCAGAAACUAUUUUAGAAAUGUAUCAAUGGUUAAUUUGUUGGUAUUUAAAACAAACUUAUGAAAAGAGAGAAAUUACAUGCAAAAAUCAAGAUCCAUUCCACGCUAAAAAUAAUUCUCAAGUUUAUCAUGCAUAUCCAUUAUCUGUUGUUUAUAUACAGCAUUUUAUGUUAGAUCAUUUUUAUAAACAAAUUAAAAAUUGUGAAGAUAAAGCAAUUCAAGUAGUAUUACACAAAUUAUUUAGCUUAUAUGGUCUAUUUUCACUUGAAAAACAUAUACCAACGUUGUACCAAGGUGGAUUCAUAACUGGACCUAAUUUUGUUACACAUUUUAAAGAAGCAAUUCCAUUACUUUGUAAACAAUUAUUACCAGAAGCUGUAUCAUUGGCUGAUACAAUAGCACCACCAGAUUUUAUAUUAAAUUCAGUGCUAGGCAAUUCUGACGGAGAAGUAUAUAAAAAUUUACAAUCAUCACUGUUCCAAAAUCCAGAAACAUUUGCAAGAGUCGAUUGGUGGCAAGAUAUUCUUGACUCUAGUACAUAUACAUCUGAUAUUCAAUCGAAACUAUAGGAA